CAAAAAUAUUAAAAGCGUCUAAAUCUGUGCUCCAUGAUUAUAAUCUGCAUUGGCCUUUUUUUUCUUCUCUUAGAUUAUAUUUUCUGUGACACUUAGUGACAUUGACAGAACAUUUUAUCUUUGAAUUUAUAGGUUUUCAGGUUAAAAGUUCCGAAUAUAAUUACUUCCGUGCCGUAUUAGAUUUUGAAUUUUUGAUGCUUUAUUCCGAUUAAACCAGUUCUACAUAGUCAGGACUCUUCUUAGUGUUAUUACUAAAGUUAUUCCUUCACUGAAAAUGGAGGAUCAAAUUAGUAUUCUAUCAAGUCUUGAAGUACCUACAACUAUGUUGAAUACAGAAGCACUACAGAAAGUAUUACUGAAAGUAAAGAAAAAGUGUCAAUCAAAUGAUAGUACUGAUAGUUUGGAAUUCUGCAAGACAGCACAAAAACUAUGGAACCAUCUACAAACUGGACUAAAUGAAUUUGAUGACCAAUUACUUUGUUCAACAUGCUUUUAUACCAUUCUCGGUAUGCAUAAAGACAGUGAUUUUAUAAAUUUAAUGCUACAAAGUAUUUUAGAAGAAUUAAAUAAAACUGAUGAAAGAAAUGAAGACAAAGGAAAUAAACUGUCAAUAGCUUACGGAAUGUUUCAAUCCAAUUUUCUAGCGCAAAAGGACUAUGAAUAUGGCAUUUUAAAUAAUAUCCUCAAUUCUAUGAUGAAUCUAUUAAUUGACAUGGCUUAUGAAUAUUCACAUUACAGAACAGUAGUUUUUAAAGUUUUAAUAUUGAUAAAGAAAGUGUUGGGAACAAAUUUAGAAAGUAUUGUAUUCUCAAAACACAAUCAAAUAAGAUUGUUGAACUUAGUGAAUCAUAAUUGGGAGAAUUCAAUUAAUGGUACGAGAAAUUUAAAUAAAUUGAUUUUACAAUCUAUUAUUGAAGUAAGUGAUGAUGACAUGCAAAAGGAUAUAAUAGAAGAAGUUCACGCUUUUUACUGGAACAAAGCUAAAUAUUUAACGUUUUCUGAAAUCAUAGACCAAUAUAAGGGUAAUUUGAUCACAUUUGUAGACAGAUACAACUUAGUUGAAGGUCUUUUACUUAGUCUAAAUAGAUCUGGAUUAGUGUCUGCAGGUGCUGAUAUGUAUUACUCAAUAUUGAAAAAAAUGUAUUCCGAUGAUGAAUGGGCAAAGGUUUUUUUAGAUAAAAUUACAGAAGUACUUUGUUGUAUGUCGCAAAAAGCAAAAGACAACUUCAAUAACUACUGGUGCUUAAAUACAUUAAAGAAAUUUCCAUCUGUUGGUAUGAUGAUUAUAAAUUCUUUACAAAACUAUGAGGACACAGAACAAAGAAUGUUAAGCAUUUUGAAUGUUGCGAAGCAAUGUAACAAACUUAAUUUGUUUGAAAAGAAUUGGACUACAUUAACAGAGGUUGAAAGAAAUAUUUUAUGUGGCAUAAAACACUGCAAUCCUCAAAUUAGAAUGUCAGCUUUUGAUAUAGUUUGUGUGUCUCAUGGAAAAUCUUGGCCGAGUACUACUGAAUAUGAAAUAAUCUUAAAUUUUCUUUCCGAUAAUGUUAAUUCUGAUUGCACAUUAUUAAGAUUGAGCAUGCUAAACAGUUUGGGGAACUUUUUGAGCCGUCUGCAAAAUUUACACUUAAAUAAUGCACAAAAAGAAUUCGAAAUCAAAGAAAACCUACUAUCAUUUUGUAUAAAACUGCAAGAAUUUAUAAUUUUCUCAUUGAAUUUAAAUGGAAAUUAUCAACGUAAAAUUACGACUAUAAAAAUAGUAGCUACACUAUUGAAUUGUUUCACUGAGUUUCCGAAGAAAAAACAAAAUCAAUUCAAGCAAAUCAAUUAUUUAUUAAUAGAUUUUAUAUCUGAUAAUAAACAUUGGAUCCUUUUUAAUGAAGACAUUAUUAACAAAUUGAUAAGUUUGCUAAAUGAUCCAGCGGAUGAUAUAAGAGAAAAUGUUGUUCAAUUAAUGUUAAGACAUUACAAAAAUGAAAUAAAAAAGUCAGUUGUAAUAAACCAAAUCAUUGAUAAUGCACUUUUUAAAAUUAAGAGUAAAUUCUUUUAUGAGAUAAACUGUGGUCAAAGCAUGUUCAAAUUAUUAGCUAAUGUGUUUUUAAAAGAAUCUGUAAAUGCAGCUAUGUUUCAAAAUGUAGAAGAUAUUUUUACUUUUGCCUACAAUGAGCUCUUAUCUGAAUACAAUUUAAAAACAGAUAUUGUAAAGUCAAUUGAAAAUGGAAAACAGUUACACUCAUACAUGAGCAUAAUAUGUGCUGUAUUUGAAGCAUGUCUUAAAAAUUCAUACAAAUUGAAAAUAACUGAAGAUACUAUUUGGGUUUUGUUAGACAUUUUAAAUGUGGUAUCUAAUCAGUUUGUUUGGGAAGAAGGAGUUUCGACAAGUUCAGAUUUCUCUAAAAUUAAUGAUAUGGUUCGACAAAUUAUACAAAACUCCGGUUGUACGAGUAAUAAUGAAGAUGACACUAAAAUUACAGGAUUAGAACAAAUCGUCCUAAAUUGUCUAUGGUUAAAUGUGAAGGCAUCCUGUGAAUUGGCUGCACUUGUUAUUAAAUAUUGUAAUUCAGAUAGCCAUCUAGAUGUAUGCGAAAAAUCUUUAUUUGUAAUUACAAAAGUUCUUGAGACAUCCCGCCACAAAGGAGCUAUAGAAGCAGCUGGAGUUGCUUUAGGUGAUGGUAUACAAUGUUUAACAUCUUUGCCUAUUGAGAAUCAUCUUUCAAGCCUACCAUUAUCAUUAUUAAAACAAAAACUUGAGGAAUUAAUUUUGGAAGCAAAUAGCAUGGCAUCUGUCACAAGAAGAGGUGCAGGUUUAUCGAUCAUGGUUCAUAGAAUUGUCAGUAAUGAUAUGCGAAAAAAUAAGCCACUGUUCCAAUAUUUUAUCAACACCUUGUUAGAGACUUGCAAAACAUUCGAUGAUGUGAAAGAUUCGUCAAAUAGUGACAACGAAAAAGAUCUACCAAAGGCUGUGUACAUACAUUUUUUAACAAGAAUAGUGACAGAUAGCAGUCUGAUUACAGAAGUUAUGAAUUAUUGCGCUGAAUUAGCUGAACUUGCAUUUAAUAAUCUCACAAGUCCACAUUGGCAAAUAAGAAAUGCAGCACUUCAAUUAUAUGGUGGUUUAAUACCUAAAUUAAUAGGCCAAAAGAAACCUUCUGGUUCAGAAGACGAAGUCACAGCAACUGUGGCUUGUGAUGAAUUUCGUACUCAUUUCCCUAACUUAUGGUUGUUUAUAUUAGAGCAGUUGAAAUUAAACAAUACCAAAGAUAUAUUACUAUCACAUUCCAAUUUAUUACCAAUACUAAAUAUCCUAGGUAAUAUAGCAAAGAGACAUAACUUCUCAAAUGAUUUGAAAUCUCAAAUAGAGACUGAUAAUAUUUUGUUGAAAAAUCUUAACUUAUUAUUAGGAAGCCCAAUAUAUGCAAUAAGACGGCUGACCGCAAAGUCUAUAUUCAACAUAUAUUCAUUUAACGAUAUUUAUGAAUUACUUAUUAAAAUAGAGGUACCAAAUGAAAAUUUCUUACACGGCUCUCUUAUAUUAUUGGUAAUUUGUAUAGAUUAUUACAAAGAUAUAAAACAUCAAAACCAACUUGAAUUAUUGAAGGAUAAAUUCAAUGUAAUCACACAAGGGAAACACCAUUCUUAUUUGUGUAAAGAAUUAAUGGAACAUUUUACUAAAAAAGAUUAUAAGGUUUCUGAUUUGGAAACAAUUUUACUACAAAAAAACACAAAUGAACCUGGACAAUAUCAAUGGAUGAAUACACUAAUAUGUAAAUAUGUAAAAAAUUGUUCAUCAUAUGAAUUACCUACAUGUGUACAAUUAGUUUUAAACAACAGUGAAUAUGAAAAACAAUGUGAAUUUUUAUACACAAGACUCGAUUCUAGCGAUGGAGACACACUCAGAAAAAUAUCAAAUAUUUUACUAUCAUUUCCAAAGAGAAUGUACAGUUGCAUUAUUUGGAAGAUUCUAUACAAAAUAUCUUGUUUAACAAAUAUUGAUGUUAAGGAACAUAUAAUUGACAUUGUUGAAUAUAUUAAAAAUGAAUGCAUUUCUUAUAAAUUAAGGUAUAUAGUACCUUUUAUUGCAAGAAUAACUGACAAUGAGGAUAUCAUAUUGGUUGUAUGUAAAGUUACAUACAAGUUAAUAUCAGAAGAUUUUGACGUAGAUAUGAGAACAAUUUCUGCGAUAGCUAAUAAUGAAAUUGCUUGUAAAUUAAGCAAAUAUUCAGAUGAAAUUAAAGUUUUAUCCAUUAAGACUGCAAUUAUUCUAUUGCAAGAUGAGGAUGAAGGUGUAAGAAAUUUAAGUGUACAUUAUUAUAAAAACAUAAAAAAUGUAUCACAAGUUGUACAUCCAUUUGUAUGUUUAAAAAGUAUUUUGAAUUCUGAAUUUCUGAACUCUAUUUUAAAUGACUCUAAAAUUAGCAUAGAUUUAAUAUGCCAUGGUCUGAUGGAGUUAUUAUCUCCAGUUAAUAAUGCUAAUUCAGACAACUUUAAUCCAUUUUCAAAUGAUACUAAAAAUAUUUAUCAAGAAGUUGAAUUAGUGAAAUAUCUGAUUAAACAUUUGAAGGAAGAAUAAUAAUAAUAAAACAUAUGAAUUAAACUUCU